GACGUUCCGAAGAAUUGUUUGCUCAAAAAGACGUACGACGAGGUUGCUUGCGAAUCUACUCAAGGCAUUCACCAGACAGUUGAGAAAUUUCAGAUUAUGCCCUUCCUAGGAAGAUUCAGUCAGCUUCUUCAACGUCCUCAACAGCUUACAUUAUUAGUCGGCAUUGGUUUCCGAUUUUAUUCUUCAGAUUUGGAGUUUGAAAUUAAGAGAAUUACCAAAAUCAUCAAUGACCAUCCUUUUCCUGAUCAACCCAUUCGUCCUACAUUUGCCCAAGUUAUCCCUUCUGCUAUCAUUUCAACUUCUUUUGUGGAAAAUGUUCUUGGCCGUCUCUUUGCAACCCACUCUAAUGGCCUUAAAGCAUUUGAAUUCUUUAAAUUCUCCCUCCAGUGUUCCGAAUUCUGUCCCAGUUCAGAUGCGUUUGAAAAGACACUUCAUAUAUUAACCCGAAUGCGCUAUUUUAGUAAGGCCUGGGAGUUGAUAGAAGAAAUUCAGAAAACACACCCUUCCUUGAUUAGCCUGAAAUCGAUGAGUAUCAUGUUGUCAAGAAUUGCAAAGUUCCAGUCUUUUGAAGAAACCCUACAAGCAUUUGAGAAGUUGGAGGGUAAGCUAUCUGAUGGGAAGCAAUUUGGUACGGACGAAUUCAAUCUUCUUCUUCGAGCAUUCUGCACACAGAGGCAAAUGAAGGAAGCUAAAUCGGUAUUCAAUAAGCUAUAUUCUCGAUUCUCGCCCACCACCAAAACAAUGAAUAUUUUGCUCCUGGGAUUUAAAGAAUCUGGUGAUGUUACUUCUGUUGAACUUUUCUACCAUGAGAUGAUUCGGAGAGGUUUUAAACCCGACACCAUAACUUUUAACAUCAUAAUUGAUUCUUACUGCAAAAGAGGUCGUUUUGCGGAUGGGUUAAGGCUUCUUGAAGAAAUGGAACAAGUGAACUGCUUUCCCACGUUACAGACAAUAACCACUUUGAUCCAUGGAGCAGGGAUUGCUCAAAAUACAACCAACGCACAACAGCUAUUUGAUGAAAUUCCAAAGAGAAACUUAGUGCCAGAUUCUGGUGCAUACAAUGCCUUGAUGAAUGCUUUCAUCCGAUCAGGUAACAUGAAGUCUGCAACUAGAUUGAUGGAUGAAAUGGAAGAGAAUAAUCUUCUUCAUGAUAACGUUACAUUUCACACAAUGUUCUUGGGAUCAAUGAAAUCAAGUGGAAUUGAUGGUGUUUUAGAGCUCUAUCACAAGAUGAUCAGUAAAAAGUUUGUCCCCAAAAUGCCAACAGUAGUAAUGUUAAUGCAACAUUUCUGCAAAAAUCAUAAGGUUGACGAGGCCUUGGGUUUUUGGAGGUACCUUGUUGAGAGCGGGUAUUGUCCACACAGUCAUGCCAUGGAUGUUCUAUUGAGAAGUUUGUGCUCUCAUGGGAGGGUAGAUGAAGCUUUUGAGUGCUCUCUACAGAUUCUUGAGCGAGGGAGGCAUUUAAGUAAAACAUGUUUUCGUGUUUUAGAGAAGUAUUUGAUAGAGAUGGGUGACGAGGAUAAACUAAAAAAGCUCAACCAGAUGAUCAAGAAGCUACAAAUUGUUCUACCCCCAUCAACAGGGCAUGCCGUUGGCUUUUCUAGCUUCAGUCAGGACUGUGUAGCGUCGAUAUGAAUAUCAUCAGAGAAUUGUGUUAAUCUUCAUGUAUCUGUAUUCAUACAAUUCAGAUUCUUGAAGUGGUUGGUUGUGAGGAUACAUGUAAUAACCCGUCUCACAUGGAUAGAAAAGGUAGAUCUGUGAGCUCCUUAUAAGCUCAAAGUUGUGGGCUACCAAUAACUUCCACGAUGAUUUUAAACUGAUAUUGAGGUUAUUGGACCAA